AUGGUCAGAAUAAAACACAGAUACAUUUUAUUUGAAAUACUUUAUCCACCAACCCCCAAAAACGCGUCACAACAAGAAUUAGAAGAAUAUAUCGAAUCGGAAACAAAUGUUCUUUUAACAUUACAUAAAUCAUCACCACAAAACAUAAAUUACAAAACAAUACUACACGCAAUACGAAAAUCACUACACGAACAUUACGGGGAUGUAGGAUCAGGAUCUGCGGGGAUGCUUAUGACAAUAAAAUAUUUUUCAAACAAAACUUCAACUGGAAUAAUACGAUGUGGUAGAUCACAAUUUGAAACUAUUAUUGGAGCAAUGAGUAUGAUUAAUUGUAUUGAUGGUGUUGAUUUAGUAAUGAGUUGUAUUCAUGUUAGUGGGACUAUUAAGAAAUGUGAAGAGUUUAGUAUUUUAAAUACUAAAAAAUUGAUGGGGAAAAUGGGGAAAGUUAAAGAUAAUGAUAUUAAUGUGUUUUUGAAAGAGAUUGGUGGAUUAAAUGAAGAUAAAGAAGAGGAAGAAGUAAUAGCAGUUGAUGAAGAAGUAAAAUAA